UGACUGAAUUUCACACAAAAUUUGGAUGUAAGCGUCGAGCGCGCGGCGGAACCGAUGCAGCCCAGCCAGCAGCGAUCGCCGUGAGCCGCCCACGCAUACCUACGAAGCAGCCCCAGCAAGUAAAGGGCAGCCCGCGCACGGCUAGCACCGGAAGACAAUGUCGGGCUGGGCCUCAGGCGAGAGAUGCCUCGUGAAGGACCAGGACCACGGCUGGGCCACGGCCGUCGUCACGGGGUCGCAAGGUAUUGGUUCGCAAGCGACGCUGAAGCUGCGACUGGACGACGGCGGCGUGCUGCUCGAGAGGCUCGGUAGCGACGUCGAACGCUUGACAAAUGAUAAAACACUGGAAGAAACGGAGGACAUGGCCGCGCUCGAGAACCUGAGCGAGGCGACGAUGCUCGAGUGUUUGCGGCGGAGGUAUCGGCGGGAUCGCAUUUAUAGUUCUCUCGGAGGGGUGGUCGUCGCGAUAAACCCGUUCCGGAAAAUUGAGCGGUUGUAUGACGAUGGGUAUGCGCGCUUCGGCGCCGGCGACGAUGCGAAUUUGUUGAAACCCCACCCUUAUGCUCUUGCUGAAUCCGCUGUCCGAGGCGUCGUGAGAGAUAGGACCUCCCAAUCUUUGUUGGUGAGCGGCGAGAGUGGUGCGGGCAAGACAGAAACCGUAAAAAUCAUGCUCGGGUACAUCGCCAAACGAAGUCAUCGGGCCAAAGGCACGUCCGCCUCUCCGGGCGUCGACGAUGCGUUAAUUGCCGCCAAUCCUUUACUGGAGGCCUUCGCGAACGCGACCACGGUACGGAACGGCAACUCCAGUCGUUUUGGGAAGUUCGUGCGAGUCUUCGUCGAUCGGCUGUCGGGGACCGUUGCCAGCGCCACGGUCGACCACUACUUGCUGGAAAAAACGAGGUGCGUUUCACUGAAUGAAGGCGAGCGGAACUUUCACGUUUUUUAUCAAUUAGUAGCGGAUUCUCAUUUGAGGGCGGACGACCGGCGUUUGUUAAAUCUUGGGAAUCGCGUUCACCCGCCGCGCGACCAGCCGGACGAUUAUCAAGAGACCCUGCGGUCGAUGCGCGCUCUCUCGGUUCCGGAAGAUGUGAUCAAGGACAUCUCAUCGACUUUAAAAGGCAUUUUAGCUGUCGGCGAGGCCCACUUCGAGAGCGUAGAAAUCCCGGGCCAAGAUGCGGGUAGCAGGAUGGCCAACGUGACGAGUGACGCGUCGAAGUGUCUGGGCGUGGCGUCCGACGACUUGGCGGAAGCUUUUGUAGCGAGACGCGUCGCUGGUGUGCGCGUACCUAACAGCAGUAAGCAGGCCGAGGACGCCCGUGACGGGUUACUCAAAGCUUUGUAUGCUAGGUUGUUCGACAAGAUCGUAGCGUUGGUGAACAGCGCUCUGGGUGAUGACAGUUCAAAGCCGAACAUGGGGAAGGACGAACGGUUGUUCGUGGGGUUACUUGACAUCUUUGGCUUUGAAUCAUUUGUUUCGAAUAGUCUGGAGCAACUGUUAAUUAACUACGCGAAUGAACGGUUGCAAGCCCACUUCAACAACUUCGUCUUCGAGACGGAGGCGAAGUUGUAUACGCAGGAGGACAUACCGGUACCCCCGACGGCCUAUGUAGAUAACGCCGGGGUCGUCGCAUCUCUCGAAGAUGGCGUGCUGCGGUUGUUGGACGAAGAAUGCGCUUUACGGAGAGGUUCGGAUCAACAGUUCGUGGCGAAAUUGGAUCGGGUCUCUGAUGGGGAUGUGCUAGCACCUUAUAGGGGUACCGCGAGAACUGGAGGGGAACUCGUAGGGAGAGCCUUUAUCAUCUCUCAUUUCGCGGGCAAGGUCACCUAUACGACGGAUGGCUUCGUGGCCAAGAAUAGAGAUGCUCUCCCCGAUGCGGGCGCGUCAACACUCGCCGCGUCCUCGAACCCGCUCGUAGCAUCCCUCUUCGCAACAUCGGUCGCUGUUGAGCGCAAAGGUGCUAGAGCGGCUAGACGAGGGAAUAGACGAAGGGAGUGCGUCGCCAAGGCCUUCGGGAAAUCACUAAAAGAGCUCACGCGGACGGUGGAGAGUACGAGACCGCAGUUCGUCCGCUGCGUGAAACCGAACGCCGACCAAGCGCCGGCGUCCUGGCGCGGCGCGCUGGUCUUGGAGCAAUUAAGAUAUAUGGGCCUCCUGCAAGUCGUCGAGGCUCGUAGAAGAGGCUACCCGCGACGGUACUCCUAUGAAGCCUUUUUGAAAAGGUUCGGGAAACUCUGCGACAUGACGCAUUCUCCCAACCGGGAGGGCGCCGUGUGUUUGGUGGAUGCUCUAGCGUCAUCUUUAUCUCUAGAGAGGGAUGCCAUUGUGGUCGGUCGUACGAAAGUGUUCCUAAGGGCAAGAGCGGAGGCUCUGAUCGAAGGGGCACGGGACAAAGCCUUGCGCAAGUCGGCCCUCAAGGAGUUGGAAACGGCCAUCGAGAUGGAAAAUGUGGAUGCGUUGGAGGCGGCGGUCGCCAUCGCUACCGAGUUGCGAUUGGACGGGUCCGUGCUAGAUAGAGCUAGAAGUAGAGUAGCGGUUCUGAGGUUCCGGAAGCACACCGCAAGCUUCAAGGAGGUCAUGAAAGCUAUACUGCCGGACAUGCACCGCGACGUCUUGAAAGAUAUUUACAAGAAUGCUUCUGUUUGUUUGGACGACGCCGCGCGUGUUGCGCAAGCGGAGACCACGGCGGCGUGGGCGAUGGCCGCAGAUAUUGAUACGUUUAAGCAGAUCUUGCGGAGGUUGCGACGUAAAUUGCGGAAGCUGGAAGAAAGGUGCAAGGCUGCUGCUUCUCUCGAGAGAGCGGGCAACGAGGUGAUGGAGACGUGUCGCGAUUUAGAAUUAGUUGGUGAAGAUGCGAUGCGCGUCCUCGAGAACGCGCGAGCGGACCUAGAAACGGCCCACAAAGCAGCCGAAGAGUCAGGUGUACCACCUACCGCGCCAGAAGCGCUGAUUGCCCUGAAGGCGGCGGACGUUCUGGCCGUGGCCUUCGACCGUCAUUUACAACAGGCCGAGGAAGAAAAAGCGGAAAGGGUCGCCUUCCUGGACCACAUGCGCGAGGGCCAGGAGGAGGGCAAGGACGCGGACUCGCCGGCGACCAUUGCAAGGAGGUCUGCCGUCGAGGUCGACCUCGACGUUCGUUUCCCGCGUCUUGUGUUUUUCGUUCGCGCGAGAUGUACGCCACGCCCCGCGGACCUCCUCGCCGCGCUACGCCGUCGCCGCGUCGACGCUCUCGAUGCACGCAGGCGGUGCCGCCGACGUCGCCGCCGACGUCGCCGCCGACGUCGCGCGUCCGAGAAAUGAAGCCGCCCCCCGUGCCGCCGCCGCCGGAAGUGACCGUGACGCCGCCCGAUUCCUUGCCGGACGACGACGUGCAAGUGAUCGUGCCGAAGCCCCCUGCUUAUGCCGACGAGGCGCGACCGGCGACGUGGCUGUCGGACGCGGAGCAGCACGCCUGCCAGGCUUUAUCUUCAAAGGUGUCGUCGGCGAUUGUGGUCGCGGACGACCCGGAGCGACGGGCUCGCGCGUUAGCAUUGGAGCGACCGGCCGUGAAGCUCCAAAAGAGCGGGUCGGAGUGGAAACGAGUUGUUGUGGAAAAGGAUUCACUCGUGUGGCGCAACCAGAAGAAGUCGUCCUUUUCUCCGCGAAGUACGGGUACGGUGAAGCUCAAGGACGUGGAGCGAGUCUGCUUAGGCCCAGAAGUACCCAGAAGAGACGGCGAGGGCGGUUUGGUGGACGAGUAUCAUCUCCAAGUGAAACCGUCGCACCGAGCCGCGUCGCGGUGGCACUACGUGACGGUGACGACGGUCCAGAGGGACUAUGUGUUUGGUCUUGUCAGAACAGAGGAGGAAGACGACGACGCGUGGAGCUUUGCGUUGCACCUCGAACGGCAGUGCGACUUCUUCGCUGGGAGGUCGAGACCCUUCGGCGCUGGUGUUCUCGCUAGAGCGCAGAAGGUGUGGCAGGAGGAUGAUGCCUAUAGUACACAAAGGUCAUUAUCGAGGCUGUGUCCUGCUCUACGACCGCUGGCCCCGAUCCUCGCUUCGCUGUCGGAGACGUCCUUCAAAUCGUAUAAGUUACCUAGAGGCGCGGCCUUCGGCGCGUCGGCGCCGGCGUCGCACGCGCCCUUGGCCUGGCUGCCCUGCGCCGUGCUCGAUCAAGGGUGUCGAAGCGGCCUGGCGUUCGGGACGACGUUUGACCCCUGCGAACCUCGACCUGUUGAGGGGCCCUACCCCGUUCUCGUCUGUGUGGAAAUCAAAUUUCGGACGCCCCACGCCAUCGACGCAGCUCCUAGCUCACUGGUUGAUUUCCACACAGGCUCUCGUGCAGUGCGAGAAAUACGUCAAGGACACUUGUCCACAACUAGUAUCAACAAAUAUCACCUCAACGAGGAGACCGGCGCCGCAGUCACCACGAAGCCCGGCCCAGAACGCGGCCCAAGCUCUACGGAAGCGACCGUCCGCUAAAAGGCAAGUGCCGGACCGGCCGAAGCCGGUCCACUUAUUCGCGGCGUGCGCUAUGGGCGACCCUGAUCUCGUGGAAGCGCUGGUGCUGCGGUGUCGCGUCAAGGUCGACGCUCGUUAUCCGCAGGAAGAUCCGCAACAGUGGGCACAGCUCUGUCCCCAGCAGGCCGACGCGGAACCGCACGAGGGGACUACUGCGUUGUGCUAUGUCGUGACGUGGUGCGACGUGCUGGGCGAGGCCAAUGUCGAGAAAGUAGCUAGACGGUUGAUGCUACUCAGGGCGGACCCGGCUCUCGAUGACGGCCACCCCGACGUGCGGUUCCCGCCGCUAUGCGCCGCGGUGGCCAAUGGGUCGACGCAACUCGCCUUGUUACUGUUACACGCGGGCUCCGAUCCCGAUGUCCGGACGUCGGACGGUCGCCAGGCGAUUCAUGUCCUGAACUUGACGCGGAAGGAGGAAGAUCGCGCGACUCUCUUAGAAGCUUUGGUCAACGCGGGCGCGGACGUCGACGCGACGACCAAUAGUGGCGACGCUGCUUGUCAUGUCGCCGCGCGCGAGGGCUUGCAUGACGUGCUCUGCCGGCUUUUGGAAUUUGGGGCGAACAUGAUGGCCGAAAACGGUCGGCACCAGCGCGGAAAUCAACCAGUGAGUUAGGUUCUCGAGCAGACGCAGCUACGGAGAAAAUAUCGCGCCGAUGGCGUGGGGCGCCCGAAAUUCGAAUUCCACACAGGUGAUGGAUUGACUCCGGCCGAGGUCGCGUAUGUCGAGCUGCAGGGCGAUUCGUCGAAGGACGCGGCGGCGCUGGCGCGAUGCCACGAGCUGCUUGCCUAAUUCAGAGUGCUGUUUAUUUUUUCUCCG